GGAAGGGGGCCUGAUAUCCUCUCUCUCUCUGUCUCUCUCUCUCUCUCUCUCUCCUCUCUCUUCCAUUUUUCUCGUCUAAUGGCGACUCUAAACGCCAUCUCACAACGCUCUUAUUCUCUCCACAACCCCUUCUCUCCUUUCUCUUCCUCCUCUUCUUACCCAUCUCACCUCUCACUGCCUCCUCCUCUUCUUCUCAUCCCGUCUCAUUACCCCAACUCCUCUUUCUCCUCCUCUUCCUGUUCCAAACCAGCCUUCCUCUCUUCGACCGAUAGUCACUCGGGCACUUCGUCGAGCAAAUGGCGAGGGAAAUUGGCGCCAUUGCAUUCGGUGUUCCCUACUUCUCCUGCUAUGAUAUCAUCUGUGGAUGAUCUCUUUGAGUUCAUAUGCAAUGGCCCUUUAGUAACGAGAUUAGGUUUUACCGCUGAAUCGAUUGCCGAGUCCAUCGAUAGGUGGUUGCAGUGUGGGGUGCACUUGUGCCAAUUGUUCCAGCUCAAUAAGCUGAGGUUGUCGGUCCCCGAGAAGGUUAGGAUCUACCAUUACUACGUACCGGUCUUCGUUUGGUGUGAAGAUGAAGUUUUGCGACACAGAUCAACAUUCGAGGACGGAGAUGAAGUUCCACCGUUAGUCAUAGGUGUCAGUGCACCUCAAGGCAGCGGAAAAACAACUCUUGUUUUUGCACUUGAUUAUCUUUUCCGGCGUUCCGGUAGAAAUGCUGCUACUUUGUCGAUAGAUGAUUUUUAUUUAACAGCAGAGGAACAGGCUAAAUUAAGAAGUCGAAACCCUGGAAAUGCACUCUUAGAGCUUCGUGGGAACGCGGGAAGCCAUGAUCUGCAGUUCUCUAUAGAAACACUAACAUCUCUAAGCAAAAUGACCAAGAGAGGUAUGAAGAUGAAACUACCGCGAUAUGAUAAGUCUGCUUUCGGAGGGAAGGGCGAUCGAGCAGACCCUUCAACAUGGCCAGAGGUUGAAGGGCCAAUUGAGGUUGUCUUAUUUGAGGGGUGGAUGCUUGGAUUUAAACCUCUUCCAAAUGAUGUCGUUAAAGCAGUUGAUCCACAGCUUGAAGUGGUAAAUAAGAACCUCGAAGCGUAUUACGAUGCAUGGGACAAGUUCAUUGAGGCCUGGAUUGUCAUAAAAAUAAAGGAUCCUAAUUGUGUAUUCCAGUGGAGAUUGCAGGCGGAGAUAGCGAUGAGAGAAGAUGGAAAACCCGGCAUGUCCAACGAGGAGGUUUUGGAUUUCGUAUCUCGUUAUCUUCCUGCAUACAAGGCAUAUCUUCCUACACUCUAUGCCGAGGGACCGAAUGGAGCUGAUCCCAACCGCCUUAUCGUCAUCGAGAUUGAUGAGCAAAGGAAUCCCCAUUAAAGGUUUCAUAUGAAGAGUGAAAUUUGAAUUUAUUUUGAACUUUUAUAUCAGGCCUGUAAAAAUGUGGUAUGAAGAGACUUAAAACUCCUCUGGUAGAUUGACUCUUCACUUCUGCAAAUAAUAUUAGGAUGUCCAACACCAGAAAUUGUAUCA